AUGAAGACGGUUGUUUUUGUUCUCGCGUUAUUCGCCGAAUUCGCCAGCAGCCUUCACUCGGUGAAAGCGAAAGGUCGAUUUUUGUGCAAAGGCAAACCGCUCGUUGAUAAAGAAGUCCUUAUUAUUGACCGAAAGACCAUUUAUACAAUUCCUGAUGACAUACUCGCCGAAAGUCGCACCGAUUCGGAAGGCUACGUCGAAAUCGCCGGUGUCGGCGGCAAAUUUUUGGUGUUGGAUUUUGGCGAUCUCGAGGUGACUCAGACGCAAAGUGUCAAACGAGGCUCGCAAUUUUUGUUCGAUUUACUUCGUGGCUGUUGA